AUGAGGCUACUGGCCAGCCUUGCCCUCGGGCUGCUUGGCCUGGCAGCUGGCGUGGUGGCACAGGAUGAGUCUGCGGCCAUUGAGCUCGAUAGGCUGUCGCUGAACAAGUUGAUCAAGGAGAGUGAAGUGGUGAUGGUUGAUUGGUAUGCGCCUUGGUGUGGACAUUGUAUCAAGUUUGCGCCCAAGUAUGAGGCUGCCGCCAAGGCCCUCAAGGAGAAGGACCUGAAUGUCAAGCUGGGCAAGGUUGACUGCACCAAGCACAACAAGCUAUGCCAAGAGUACAACAUCCGGGCAUACCCGACCAUGAAGAUCUUCAAGAGCGGUCAGGAGCUGUAUCACGACUAUGACGGCCCGCGGAGGGUCUCGGCGAUCGUCGACUUCAUGGCCAAGCAGGUGCUGCCCACGGUGUCUACGCUCGCCAGCCAGAGGGCGCAUGAUCAGUUUCUCAAGAGAGAGCGCCAGGAGGUCGCCCUGGUCGGGUACCUCGAGGGCGACGAUGCCGCCAACACGGAGAUCCUCCGAGCGGCGGCCGAGAAGCUCCAUGAGGACUAUCCCAUCGGUAUCACAUCGAACGCCGCCGCUGCACAGGCCGCCGGCGUCUCGUUCCCGGCGCUCGUGCUGUACAAGCCGGACAACGAAGGUACUGUGGUGUUUAGCAAGAACUGGGAGGUGGAUGCCAUCAAGGACUUUGCCAAGACGGGUUACAAGCCCCUGAUCGGUGAGACGGGCGCCGAGUCCUGGCGCAAGUACGUGUCUGGGUCCGACGGCCCGACCGUCUUUCUCUUCCACAAGAACGACGACGACCGAAAGAAGCUCUCCAGCGAGCUCCGCUCCCUGGCCAAGAAACACCAGGGGGCCGUGCAAUUUGCCACGGCCGAGAUUCCGGACUUCCAGGGCUUUGCCAACUACCUACACCUCCGGACCGAGCCGAGCGACGACGCCUUCCCGGCCCUGGCCAUCUACGACGGCGCGAACAAGAAGAAGUACCCGUUCGACAACAGCAAGGGGGCGCUGGACGAGAAGAACGUGGCCUCGUUCGUGGAGAACUUCCUCUCGGGCAAGGUGCAGCCGACCAUCAAGUCCGAGGAUGUCCCCUCCGGCUACGAAGGCCCCGUCACCAAGGUGGUGGCCCAGACCUUUGACGAUGUGGUGCUGGACGGCAACAAGGACGUGCUGCUGUACUACCACCGCGAGGACUGCCCCUUCUGCCGGGCCAUGAACCCGCAGUACGAGACCCUGGCGAGCAUGUACUCUGCCCCCGACCGGGCCAACCGCGUGGCCAUCGCCAAGAUGGACAUCAUGAAGAACGACCUCUUCGAGGAGAUCCCCUACGUGCCCUUCAUCCGGCUGUACAAGGCCGGCGACGACAAGAGCGGCAACGCGGUCACAUACUCGGGCGAUCGGUCCGUGAAGGACCUGGUGGCCUUUGUCAAGGACCACGGCACGCACGGCGUGGAUGCGCUGCAGGAGCAUGCUGUUGACGAGGACGCUGUGCACGGGGCAGGUGGCGGCCUGGCGGGCAGUGAGCAGGCGCCUAUGGUGAUGGAUAGCCUGCAUGAGCAGCCUCUUCAGGGACGGACGCCUGUGAGGCACAUUCAUGAUGAGCUGUAGAGGGUUUGUUUGAGGGAUGUGUCUUGUCCUUGUGCUUUGGGUUACAUGGCGUCUGGGAGGUGUUGUUGUAUUUCUCUUCGCCUUUCCGUGGUGACUCGUGAAGAAACUUUUUUUUGGAACAGAAUUCUGUUUAUCUUUACGACAUAUACGUACUUUGCAUAUGGUCCAUGCCUCUUCCCGUUUGAGUUUCGAGCAUGGGGGGGAACAUUGGCAUGAAAUAUAUCACAUUGGAAACCUUUG